AUGGACUCGUCGCCAGACUCGUCUGAUCCCGAAAUCGCGUAUGAGCGCGUCUUUCGGCAAGAUAUCGAGCAAAGGAUAGGAUUUCCCAAGCACGUGACAAAUAUGAACUCGGAAGACGAGUACACCACAGAUGAAGAAAGGGGAACCUCUAAAAGGAACCAGGAAAACCGCAACGAUUCCAUUCAAAACCUCGAAAACAUGCUUCCCGCUUUGAACUUCCUCCCCAGACUCUCCAAACAAGAGAAACCCAACAUAUACCAGGACGACUCGUUUGAGCGUUCGCGUACCCCUGCUACAAAUAUUAGAGCACUAAGAGAUAAGACAAACAUAUUGCAAAAAGAAGAGAACCCGUUUAUGGAUAAUAGGCGUAAACCAGUUUCUGAAUCCAAAAAGUCAAUUGUCCGAGAAAUGGUGGACUACUUUGACGACAGAUCGCAUCAGGAAAUUGAAUUUGCUGAUAAUCAAAAAGACAAGCUACCAAAUUCUGCUCCAGGUGUAUUCAUAGACAACGCUCGCCAAUAUUCGCUACCAUACAUCCUCAAUCCUGUUCAUGACUUUUAUGGGCCUCCACAGUCGGAUCUUAGCAAUACCAAUGCGGUCUGCUCACCUACAAAAUUUGGUUCUGACCAAGACGUUUACAGUGGGUUUGAAAUAUCCACCGAAAGGUGUCCCCCGCAACUAGUCACCUCUGUUCCUUCGCAUUUCAGCAGAAGGGAAGUUGCUUCAAUUUCCGACGUAGCGUCCGUGAACAGCAGUCUUAUAGAAGAGAGACCGGUCAAGUCUCCAUUUUCUGCUCCGGUGUCUGCUGACUUGCUACGUCCAUGGCAGAUGACGCAUUCCGAGUACAAUAACGAUUAUUGCGCACUGUUGAUAGAGAAAGACCAACUAGAGUGUCAACAUCGCAGUUUGCUGCUUGAGCAUAGGCGUGUGGUUUCCGAGAAAGAUCAGCUGGCUAAGAUCGUGGAGCUGGUGAAUAACGAGCGAGAGUUGGAGCUCGACCGGUACAGAGAGUCGAGGACAUUUUACUCUUCUCUUGUUCAGAAACAUGAUAGCGAGUUUGAGGUCCUUGCCGACUACAUCAAAGAAGUGUUUGAAGAUACGACGGGGUUAGCUAUAGAAGACUACAAGGCUACUUCUAUCAAGAAUAAUAAUUCGUUCCAUGCGCAGUGCACAAUGAUGUUGAACACAUUGCAAGUGGCAAUGAAAACGAAAGAGCGAAUGACGGCCAAGAAACACGCCUCUGACAUCCAGAUGCUCAGAAGACGGAUGGAGCAGAUGGGAGCAGGAAUAACCGAGCUCAAACUCCAGCACAAAAGUGCAAAUAAAUUGUUGGAAAGAACGUACAGUUCCUUGCUAGAAAUACUGGGUGGAAACAUUUAUGUUUCCCAGUUGCAAAAGCCACUCACUUCCGAAGAGGUGCUGAAUAAGAUUCAGUCCGGAAACUUGAAAGAUGCGAAAUGGAUCCACAACGGCGUUUUUGAAGCUUUGCGACAGAAACUCACAUAA